UGCGCAGCUAGCUUAGCUUCGUCUUCCUUGAGCAACCGCCCUUCCUCCUCCCCUACCUUGCUUCUAUAUAACAGGCACCGCGACCCACCUCCCAAAAUUUCAGGUCUCUCGCCAUUUCCACCUUCCCCUAGCUUGAGCUGCCCAUCCCAAGGGGCAGGGUAACUAGAUCCGUACUGCUCGAUCUGGGUAGCUAGUGAAUUAAUCAUCAGUUGUUGAUGACAAUUGAUCUUGGUCUAGCUCCGGCGCCGGCGUCAUCAUCUUCCGGGGGACGCGGCGGCAUGCCGAGCCCGUGCACGGCGCUCCCGCCGGGGUUCCGGUUCCACCCGACGGACGAGGAGCUCAUCCUCCACUACCUCCGCAAGCGCGCCGCCGCCGCGCCGUGCCCGGCCCCCGUCAUCGCCGAGGUCGACAUCUACAAGUUCGACCCAUGGGACCUGCCAGCCAAGGCGAUUUUUGGGGAGGCCGAGUGGUACUUCUUCAGCCCGAGGGACCGCAAGUACCCCAACGGCGUGCGCCCCAACCGCGCCGCCGGAUCCGGCUACUGGAAGGCCACCGGCACCGACAAGCCCAUCACGCUCUCCGGCGCCGCCGCGGCGCCCGACUCGUCCGAGAGCCGCGCCAUGAUCGGCGUCAAGAAGGCGCUCGUCUUCUACAAGGGCCGCCCGCCCAAGGGCAUCAAGACGAGUUGGAUCAUGCACGAGUACCGCCUCGCCGAGGCGCUCGCCGCCGCCAACACCUACAGGCCCAUGAGGUUCAAAAACUCGUCCAUGAGGCUGGAUGACUGGGUGCUGUGCCGGAUCUACAAGAAGACCACGCCGCAGCUUUACUCCUCGCCGCCGCACGACGAGCCGUCCAUGGACGGCGGCCUCGACCUCAUCGGCCGGCAGCAGGACGGCUCGGUCUCCGCCGACGACAUCGUCGCCACGUAUGCUCCUGCUUCCGCGCUACCACGCCCGGCCUCCGUCUCGGACUACCUCGUGGACUACAACUACUCGCCCGUGUCCGAGCUGCUUGAGAGCAUGCCGGCGCCGGAGACGGCAGCGCAGCUCAGCAUCAUGGACGCGGGCAGGUUGUUCUACGCCGCUAGUCACAGCGAGGCAGCAGCUAGCAGCUCCACGGCGCAGCAGCAGCAACAGAGCUCGCACAAGAGGCGAUUCAUGGAGGAUUACUCCAACGGUGACUUGAACAUGCUGCACGCGUCGUCCGGCAAGAGGCUGAUGAGCGAUCAGGCAUCCAUGGCUGCCAACCACGCCUUCUCCUCCGUGUUUGAGCCGGGCCAGACUUCCCUGCCGGACAGAAUAUGACGCAUGCGUGUGCUCCCUCACUGCUAAUUAGGGCUAGGAAACAAUAUUCAUUAUUUGAUUAGUAUUGAUGCAGAGGGAUUUAUCAUGCAUGUAUCAAUUAGAAAUAAUACAAACAGAAGUAUUUUAUUGUAAAGAUAGAUGAAUUAAGGAGGGGGGAAGAAUUACAGUGACCAUGUCACUAGCAAUAGCUAGGUCUGAUUUAGAUGUAGUGUUAAUGUGUGCAACUAGCAGAUAGGUAGCUUGAAACAUGUAAGAACACAUGUACACUUGUUGAAUAAUAGAACUCUGUGAUAUAAAUCUCUUUCAGUACA